AUGUUUCAAAGGUCUGGAGCUGCACAUCACAUCAUGCGGCUUUCGCCUCGAAGAUGCCGCUUUAAAUCCUCAUUUGCUGUUGCUCUGAACGCCGCCAGUAGGCUGGUAACCCCCAAAAUUCUUUGGAACAACCCUAUAUCAUUGGUCUCGAAGGAAAUGAACACUUUGGCCAAAAACAUAGUCGCUCUGAUUGGGUCUGGCCAUCCAGUGCUUAACAAAGUUACUAGCUACUAUUUCGAAACAGAGGGUAAAAAAGUUCGUCCCCUGUUAGUCUUGCUGCUUUCAAGAGCGCUCUCAGAAAUUCCUUUGACAGAAAGAAACCACGUGAAGAUAGACCAUUUAGACGUUCCUGAGGAUCCCAUUUACUCUAAACCUAGUCAAAAUCAACUAUUUCAACGUCCUGUGAAUAGCAUUUCCCCACUUCAUAUACUUCACGGUAUCAAACCACUAAAUCCCCUGACAAAGGGCCCGGAGCCUCUGCCAGAGGAAGACUUUGAUAAAAAGAGAGGUAUUCUGCCCAAGCAGAGAAGAUUGGCGGAGAUUGUAGAGAUGAUACAUACUGCAUCUUUACUUCACGAUGACGUUAUUGAUUAUUCCGAUACAAGAAGAGGAAGACCAAGCGGUAAUGCCGCUUUCACCAACAAAAUGGCUGUAUUAGCGGGUGAUUUCCUUUUAGGAAGGGCAACAGUAUCAAUUUCCAGAUUGCAUAACCCUGAAGUCGUGGAACUUAUGUCUAAUAGUAUUGCGAACCUUGUUGAGGGUGAGUUCAUGCAAUUGAAAAAUACUUCCAUUGAUGAGGACAUAGAUACUAUUGAAAAUGGUCACAAACAACUUCCGGUUCCUUCUAAAAAGCUGGAAGUCAAAGAGCACGAAUUUCGAGUUCCAAGUCACCAACAAGGGCUGCAAUUUUCUCAUGACCAGCUCAUAGAAACUGCAUUUGAAUAUUACAUACACAAAACGUAUCUAAAGACAGCUUCUUUGAUUUCCAAAUCUUGCAGAUGCGCUGCUAUAUUAUCUGGUGCAACACCAGCAGUUAUUGACGAAUGCUACAACUUUGGUAGAAACCUUGGUAUAUGCUUUCAACUCGUGGAUGAUAUGCUUGAUUUUACAGUCUCUGGGAAGGACCUAGGUAAACCAUCAGGCGCAGAUUUGAAGCUAGGUAUUGCUACUGCUCCAGUUUUAUUUGCAUGGAAGGAAGAUCCAUCUUUGGCUCCACUGAUUUCACGUAAUUUCUCGGAGAGAGGUGAUGUUGAAAGAACCAUUGCUUCUGUCAGACUACAUGAUGGCAUAGCGGAGACGAAAGCACUAGCAGAGGAAUAUAGGGACAAGGCAUUGCAGAAUCUGCGAAAUUCUCUUCCUGAUUCCGAUGCUCGAUCUGCCUUAGAAUUCCUAACGAAUAGUAUUUUGACAAGAAGAAAGUAA